UUUGAGUCCAUCUAGAGGGUGUUUAGAUUGGUAUUCAGGGAUGUAUUUACAAUGUCAGACUAAAACUGUUAUCUUCUCUGAUUUAGCGCCCAUGAUGCCUACUCCUUGUUUUUUUCCUGCACGUAUGGAUGAAGCUGAGGUAGAAGAAAUUCGAGACCUGCCACCCCUUAAAGAGCCUCUGCUGCAGCUCAUCUCCUUGCAGAAGGCUGCUGGCUACUGGCUGCUUGAUCAAGAUCUGGCUGCUGUGCUGGAAAAGCCCAGCGACGAGGUGGAAAAGGCGAAGCCAGCAACGGUCAAGAAUGAGGUGUGGGCCUCUAUUCUAGCUCUGAUUUGGCUUCAUGGUUUUAAGUUGGAUGCAAAGGAGGAGUGGGAGCUUCUGUCUAUGAAGGCUGCAUCAUGGAUUAAAGCUCAGAACGCUCCAUGUGUGUCGGAGUGUGUGGAAGCUGGAAAUACACUGUUGGGCUGCAGCGUGAAGAAAGAAGCUCUGGGCCUCUGAGGUUUUCCAUGAACAGACUUCAGUAACACUGUGGAGGCGCCAAACUGCACAAAGGAAUAUAAAACAAAGUUGUUGAGAUUUAACCUACGGUAGAUUUAGUCUAUCUUAAUGAGCUUUGUAUUUUUCAUUUUACACCUAUACAUGUGUAUGCCAGGAGGAAUCACUAUAUUUGUCUGUAUCCAUGAAAAAGAGGCAUAGAGAUAAUUUUUGCUAAUGGCUUUUACCAUAAACAUCAAUGUAAUACAUGAAAAAAUGCAUUCAAAUAAAGAAAUAUGUACCUUUCCUAACUCACAUCUUUGUCAUUAGAAAUGCCCAGUAUGUGAGGGGUGUGGUAGCACUGUGAUUGGCUGUUAGUAAACAAUUUUGUUGAAACCUAAAA